AUGCCCAAUGGCGGGAAUGAUCUGUUUCUCGAAAUUGCAUCCCAGGAUUUGCGGGCAUCGGGUAACCAUACGUCCGACUUGCGACGGCGAGAAGGGCAGGUGGGAUUGGAAGAAGAGAACGAGCGGCCGCAUUUUGUCGUCGAUGCUGUAGCUGACGAGCCGCGGGCAGGCGAGAAUCACGCGUCGGCAUUUUUCCUCGGCAAUAUCGAGGUGCUGCAGGAGCGCGAGCAGCGGGCAGAGCUUCUCCUCGAUGCUGCGCACGAGGAUCCCGGGAAAAUGCGCGAUCGCGCGGCGGAGGUCCCGCGCGGAGAACCCCACUCCGCGGAGGCACUCCGCGGCUGGGCGGAGCUUUUCGGGGACGCUGUACGCGAGGAGCUGCGGGCAGCGGCGGAGGAGCGGCGGAAGGGCCUUGGCGGAGAAAUCAGAGUGCGGGCGGAUGCAGGGGACGCAGCAGCGGCGCAGACGGCGGAGGCAGCGCAGGCGACGUCGCGGAUGAUGGAGGUGGACAAGGACUCUUUCUACCCCGAGCUCGAGAAAGCGGCGGCGGCGGACAAGCUCGUCGUGCUCGAUAUGUACACCCAGUGGUGUGGGCCGUGCAAGCUGCUGGCGCCCAAGGUGGAGGCGUUGGCAGAGGAGAUGCAGGACGUGGUGUUCCUCAAGCUGGACUGCAACCAGAAUAACAAGCCUCUGGCGAAGGGCCUUGGAGUGCGGUCGGUGCCGACGUUCAAGCUCUUCCGCAACCUGGCGCAGAUUGACGAGGUGCAAGGCGCCAAAUACGACCUGCUGCUUGAGAAGAUCACCAAGCACCGAUGA